GUAUUGGACGGGGGCGAAGCUGGUGCUCGUAUCUUCUUCGCAGACUUCUCAAAAGGUUUUGACCUAAUUGACCACUCUAUUUUAAUACAAGAACUGUAUAAGCUCCAGGUUCACCCUGCCUUGCUGUCCUGGAUCUCAGCCUUUUUAUUCAAUCGUAGGCAGGCGGUUAGAAUUGGUAGUGUCCUUUCUCAAUGGCAAACUCUGAAGGGAGGAAUACCCCAAGGGACUAAACUCGGAGUGGUACUUUUUAUGGUCAUGACAAAUAGCUUACUGGCUAAUUGGCAUCUCCGUACAAAAUUCGUGGAUGAUACUUCAGCCCUCGAGAUUAUUCCUAGGAACUCUAUCAGCCUCCUUAAUUUUGCAGUCUCUGAUAUACAUGAAUUUGCUAAUGAACAUAACAUGAAGCUCAAUCCUAAGAAGUGUAAGGAAAUGCUUAUAAACUUCCUACAUAACCCCCAAUUUCUUGCUCCGACCAAUCCAAAUUGGUAA